UGACUGUUAACAAAACCGGGCUUAAUAUUCUCUGUCUGAAGCAGAUUCAUCAGUGUUUGUUCUUUCUGGACACGCCUUGUUAGAACAAACUGAAAAAAUUGUCUUUCUUGGCUGAUAAGUGAGUGUGAGUUUCAGUAAUUUCGUACUGUGGAUGUAGACUCUGUGUGUGUGUGCACACACGUGUGAGUGAAACACUGAGAACACUGUGAGAUUAAAAAUUACAUCUGUUGCUGUAUCCUUGUGCUAUAUUUUUAUUAAAUAUAGUCUGUCUCUUAAUUUCGCAGUGAUUCUUCUCUUCACACUUCAGAUGUUUAGUUGUAGUCAACUAAAGUUACAGUUUUAGAAUAACUCACAUUAAUAUGGGAGGUGUGGUUUUCCCACUUAAUAGAAAAGAGGUUUGGAUACUUAAUUUUGUUAGAAAUCUGGAAAUCCUUAGAAAUUAAAUCUUUAAAAAAAAAAAAAGUAAUUUUUGUUUCAGAUCGGUGUGCUGUCGUUCACAGCUGACAGUUUUUGAUCCAGUGUGACUAGUUUGGGAAGGGCUGUCUUGGAAGCAUAUGUUACAGAGGAAAAGCAAGCUUUAAUCAUGUUUAAUAAGUGAUAUCUUUUCUGUGUGUUACCUUUAAAAUGGUCCAUUGCACGAUUUAUAGAUUGCUCCUGACAGAAUCUGGAUGCUGUUCCAGUUUUAGGAUGGGAAAGGAUGUCUCUGAAAGGGCAAACACUGAAGAAGUUGGAAUUUCAAAGUCUUGGGACUUUAAAUAGGACAUGAAGCAUCUGAUGGAGAUCUAAGCUUUCUUUCCAUCAGAGUUUCUUGGCUGUUUUCUUUGGUGUAAUAAUCCAUAAACUACAAUUGGUUGUUUAAUAUAAAAAAAAAAUUAUUUUGUUAUUCUUCAGAAAAAGUCUGGGCACGGCUCUGGGCUCAUGGUUUUCCCGGAUUCAGGAAAAAAGGGGCACAACUAGAACUUGAGUUUUUGUUGCUCUUUUUUUAAAUGUUCAUUCCGUGUUUCAGGGAUUUUGUUGGUAAUGCUGUCAAGAGUAGUUGUUAGUGUUUAUCCACCUCUUACUAUUGCUAGUCAUUAUAAUUUUUAAAACCAUUUUUGUUGUGUAAUUUUGUUCUGUGAUUUGGUGUUAAGAGACUAGCUAUUCUCUGCUUUUGGUUUUGUAGAAUGCAACAUGAGGUCAUCCCCUUGUCUUGGAUUUCAUGUUGCUCCCGAGCGACUGGAUUUCAUGUUGCUCCCGAGCGAUGGAUUUCAUGUCGCUUCAUGGAGCGACACGCUGUGUUUCUCUGGGUUAGCCCCUCUGUUGAGGAGUGUGUGGUGGUGUAAUGUUUGGCAGCCCACAAGGAGCAGGUGUCAGCUGUGAUGCAUGUUUAAAAGGAAAUUUCAGAGGUCGACGAUACAAGUGUUUGAUUUGCUACGAUUACGAUCUGUGUGCAACCUGUUAUGAAAGUGGUGCAACAACAACAAGGCAUACAACUGACCAUCCAAUGCAGUGCAUACUAACAAGAGUAGAUUUUGAUUUGUACUAUGGUGGAGAAGCUUUCUCUGUAGAGCAGCCACAGUCUUUUACUUGUCCUUAUUGUGGAAAAAUGGGUUAUACGGAAACAUCUCUUCAAGAACAUGUUACUUCUGAGCAUGCAGAAACAUCAACAGAAGUGAUUUGUCCAAUAUGUGCAGCAUUACCUGGAGGGGAUCCAAAUCAUGUCACAGAUGACUUUGCAGCUCAUCUUACACUGGAACACAGAGCUCCUAGAGAUUUAGAUGAAUCCAGUGGUGUUCGGCAUGUACGUAGGAUGUUCCACCCAGGCCGGGGUUUGGGAGGCCCCCGUGCACGUAGAUCAAACAUGCACUUUACUACCACUUCCCCUGGUGGGCUUUCAUCUUCUCAGAGUUCGUAUUCUCCAAGCAAUAGAGAAGCCAUGGAUCCUAUAGCUGAAACUUUCUCUUCCCUGGCAGAGCUUUUAUCUCAGCUAUCAGGUGUGAGGCGUUCUGCAGGAGGACAGCUCAACUCCUCUGGCCCUUCUGCUUCUCAGUUACAGCAGCUGCAGAUGCAACUGCAGUUAGAACGACAACAUGCACAGGCAGCAAGACAACAACUGGAGACUGCACGCAAUGCAACUAGACGCACCAACACGAUCAAUGUUAACACCACUAUGACACAAUCUACAACAACAACCAACACAUCUAACACAGAAAACAGUCAGCAGACUAUCCAGAAUUCCCAGUUUCUUCUCACGAGGUUGAAUGAUCCGAAGAUGUCGGAAGCGGAGCGUCAGUCAAUGGAAAGUGAGCGGGCAGACUGCAGCCUGUUUGUUCAGGAGCUUCUACUGUCCACUUUGAUGCAGGAAGAAAGUUCCUCCUCAGAUGAGGAUGAGCGGGGGGAGAUUGCAGAUUUUGGUGCUAUGGGCUGUGUAGAUAUUAUGCCUCUAGAUGUUGCUUUAGAAAACCUAAAUUUAAAAGAGAGUAAUAAAGGAAACGAGCCUCCUCCACCUCCUCUUUGAUGACAUCCCACUUUGCAGACAAUGUCCUCUGUGCUGUAUUUGCCAAUGAAAGUGGACAACAACUAUCUUGGGUUUGUUUUGGUGAUUGUAAUUUCAAGUCUGUCACUCUUGUUACAUUGUGUACAUUCAAAAGAAAGAGAGAAAAGAUAUAUAUGAUAAUCAUUUCCACUUAACUAAUUUUUAUUUCUAGCAGGUAAAUGUAGGUUGCAGUGCAGAGCGAAAAGCUCUGUGUCCUGUACCUUGACAUGCAAAAGGCUCUCCUAAUACUCCACAUUCAAACUGAAGAGGAAAACAAUGAAAAAUCUCUAAUGAAGCUGCUGUGUGUAUUUAUGAAUAUUAAUGAAUAAAACUGCUUGGAUGGUUUACCUUAACUACUGCAUGACGUUUUUUGCAGCGUGCAUGAGUUUUAGUGACCUUGUCAUUUAAAAAAUUUAAAUACAAGGAGUAAAACUAUAAUACCCAAAGCUUUCCCAUUAUUCAAAGGUUACAUGACAAAAAGGUUAGUGGUGACUAGCAGUUUGUGGCCACAAAGUAGCUUUUGAAUAAUAUGUGACAGAAUGACAUCUUUAUGUGCUGUUCCUGCACAGGAUGGAAACUCUGCAGUGGGAUAUAUUGCUGUGACCAGGGCAUGGUGUUUUGCUCUAUGUGACCAUUAUGUUGCCCUGUUAAGCCAUCACCUCAGUGUGGAGUUGAACUUCAUUUUAUGCAUCCGUAGGAGGCGGAACAACAGUAAGGCCACUGCUGGAAGCUACUGCGAGGGGCUUUUGUGUGCCCUGAAAUCAAAUGAUGUUCACUUUUGUUUAAAGUUUUUCCUUUUUGUGGUUGUUAAAAUUUUUUCAUUGUUAAAUAUGUUUUAUUCAGGUGUAGACAAUUCAUAUAUUCACUGUUUAAAAAAAAAGUUAACCUGGAUCAUGUUGUCUUUAGUUUUUAAAAGUCUUUCACAGUCUCAAUCAUGUUUUGAGUUAUUUAUGUAUUUGCUUCAUAGUUUGCAGAGACCUGUCAGUAUCAGGAGAGCUUGAGGAUUUAGAUUCCCAGAUUGUCAGAAUAUUACAAUUGAAUUCUUAAUGGUAACUUUAGCACCUUUUAUUUAUUGCUUCUUUUGGUUAUUUUUGCUGGUAUAAAAAGUUGAAAAAGCCUUUUAGUUGAAUCAUGCCACCUACAUGCCUAUAUACUGUUAACCUUGCUGGUUUGGAAAACAAGAGUAUGGUGUUCUUGUGCAUAGAAGUUUAUAAUAGCCCUAAAUCAAAGACAGAAUGGGUAUGUUUGGUUUUGGUUUUCUUUUUUUCUUUCUGUGGUUUUAUUUUUUUUUUUCCUUUGGUGAGUUUUUGAAUGUAAAGUUAGAUUAUAAAAAACAAAAUGCACACAGCUUCUGAUGAAAAUUUAAACUAGGCUUAUAUCAUAAUGGUGUCUUCCCAGAUCUCCCUCACUUCACCCCCUCUCUCUUUCUAUGUAUCCUUCCAUCUCUGCAGCAUUGCUAGGGUUUUAGAGUAAAUCUACAGACUUGAACACCAGAUGGUGUUCUCAGCAGAACUGUGACGUGUAUGCUAAUCCAGCCUAACAGCAGCAAAAGCAGCAACCCCAUAGGCUGAAGUUUAAGUUCCAUUCUUUUUUUUUUUUUUCCUUUUUUCUUUUAAAUCCUCAAAUCUUGAUUGUUUCCACAUAGAGCAGUACUGGCUUUGUUUUCUGUUAGUCUCUGCAACAGAAAAUGUUUCAAGAGAAACUUUACAUGAGGCCUCCAAUUGUCCUGAGAGUUACCCCCAGUAGGGACUUUUUUUAUUGAUUGUUGAGGAUUUUCAGAAAUUUUUCAAGCUGUAGUCUUUUCAAACACAUCUUCUGCACAUUACAAUAAGACACACGGUUCAAUAAAGCAUUUUGAAGACUGU